AUGAUGAUAAAUGUCAUGAUUCCAAGGAGCCAACAUCCCUGCCAGACAGCCUGCUACUACCCGAGGAGCUCCACACCUUGCAGUCCUUGCCAGGGAACAUAUGCUGGGUCUCUGAGCUUGGGAUCCAGCAGCUGCCAUUCCCUAGGCUAUGGAUCUAGAAGCUGCUAUUCAGGGGGCUGUGGAUCCAGUGGCUUCAGAUCUCUGAAUUACAGGAUAUGUGGCUUCUUGUCACUGGGCUUCGGAUCAGGAUUCUGCCGUCCAUCCUGUGUUCCUCAGAGAACCUGCCAGGCUUCUUGCUACAGACCGAGCUGUGGCACUGGAUCUGGAUUCUACUGA